GUAAAGCCCAACAACACCCCCAACCCACUUUAGCCACGUCCAAUUCACUGCCAACUGCCCAGUGCCCAUGCGCACCCCGGCCCAGAUUCUUAGCACAGGCCACAGACAGCACUGUACUCUGCGUUCUCACUUCCGAGUUCCCGUUCACUUUCGUUAAGGGUUUCAUACUUAAAUCUUUCGUCGCCGUCGCCGAUUGCCGCCCAUCGCUCGCUCGCUCGCGGAGCCUUGUGAGUCUGACAACCCUCGCCUUGCGGUGUUGCCGUACUUUCGCCAGUUCGCUGUUCGCCCAUCGCUCUCUCGCUCGAGUCGCUCGUCUGAAAUCUGAAUCGUCUGAUUAUUCUCUCAUUCUCUGCGUUCUCACUUCUCAUUCACUUUCGUUUAGGGCUUCGCUUUCGUCGUCGUCGACUGCCGCCCAUCACUCGCUUGUUGCUUCAGCUUCACGAACCACGGAACCAGGCAAGUAACUGUGCACGGAGAGUGGAUAGGAGCAUCAGCUAGCGAGGCCCCUCCAUCAAAAUGGGAAGCAGCAGGGCAGUGUUUAUGCUUUGCCAAAUACCGACAAAGCAUUGCCUUUGUAGCCGCCAAAGCUGCUUUGGAAAAGCAUUUAUGCAAAGAGUCCGGAGCUACUCUGCUCGCUCAGCUCAGGAUCCUCCCGAUGUGCCUCGUUUGGCUGAAACCGCUCGUAUCUCUCUUACUCCAUCUGAGGUUGAGGAAUUUGCUCCAAAAAUUCAACAAGUAAUAGACUGGUUUGGACAACUUCAAGCUGUCGAUCUCCAUAGCGUUGAGCCUGCGUUAAGAGCAGAUACUGAAGGUAACAAUUUGCGGGAUGAUAUUGGUGAAGCGUUUGAGAAUAGGGAGUUCAUGAUAGCUGCUGUUCCAAGCUAUGAGGAGCCAUAUAUUAAGGUUCCCAAAGUCUUAAACAAGGAGUAAUUAACACCAGUUUAGGGUUUCAUACUUAAAUUUUUCGUCGCCUUCGUCGAUUGCCGCCCAUCGCUUGCGGAGCCUUGUGAGUCUGUGACAACCCUCGCCUUGCAGUGGUUCCGUACUUUCGCCAGUUCGUUGUUCGCCCAUCGCUCUCUCGCUCGAGUCGCUCGUCUGAAAUCUGAAUCUUCUGCUUCUUCUCUCAUUCUUUGCGUUCUCACUUCUCAUUCACUUUCGUUUAGGGUUUCACUUUCGUCGUCGUCGUCGUCGACUGUUGCCCAUCACUUGCUUGCUGCCUCAGCUUCACGACCCACGGAACCAGGUUCAAUUCUCUCUCUUUUGGGGAAAUUUGUCUUCUGAGUUCUGACUUCUGAGUCGUUUGUUGGUUUUUGAUUUUUUGAUUUUUCUUUUUCUGAUUUUUAAUUUUUAUUUUUGAUUUUGUUCUUGUAAUUUUUGACAAUAAUACCAAUUAACCCAUAAAAAUUUUGUCUUAA